AUGUUCACGGCAAACGUCUGGGCGUGUCACAUGGAUCCCAAGUUCUGGCCCGAUCCAGGGAAAUUUCAACCGGGAAGAUUCCUCAAUCCAGAUGGAACCGUGAAAACCCUCCCCAGCUACUUUCCAUUCUCUCUCGGGAAGCGUCAAUGCCCCGGCGAAUCAAUGUCCCACAUGGAAAUCUUCCUGUUCCUGGCCAUCUUCAUGCAGAAAUUCACAUUUCGCACCACGACGAAGACUUCCUCAUCCCAAGUCCGAUAG